AUGCGUUGUGAUGAUCCAGAAUGUGGUUGUCAGCCUUACCCCAGAAAGAACAGAAAGGUGGAGGUGGUCUUGUAUGGUGACGGGCCUGAGCAAUACCGUCCCCUCAACCAGCCAGGCACAAGUAUCGAUGUGAUUUUCGACCCGAUCGGGAAAGCGAUGAUCUUACGCGAGAUAAUCAUUGAUCCAACGAGGAAACACACAUUCUGGAACUAUAGUGUGCAACUUGACGCUGCAAACAUGCACUUCGUGAACCUAGAAGGACUCGCCGAUGGCUCUCUCAUACUCUCCGUCCGGAUACGAAGCUCAGCUUGCACUGUGAGAGGUAGCAAGAUGUCGGUGAAGGAGAAGAUCUCUGGAUUCACGCCUCCCCGUGUCCAAAGUAAGUUGUAUAACGACCUGUACUGUUGCGACUGGCCACGACAGCGUCUGCAACUAUUUCUACCCGAAGAGCGGCUGGUGGAGUGGAAAACCGUGGCAUUGAUUGUCAAAUCCUUUGGAAGAAUCACCGCAGAUCAGUGGUCUGACAUGGUGUGGAUGAAGGAUAGACCAUCUGUAGCGGGAUUAAAUUGGAGAGCCAUUGAGGACAUCAAGAUCGACGAGAAGAAAUUGACUCAUUUAAAGGCUAAAGGGAAGCAGAACCACGCUGUCGCCAAGGAGAACAAAAUUACUUUAUUGCAACAGGACUCUGCAUUUGCCUGA